CACAAAUAUCAUCUGCAACCAAACUCAUAGCUUCGAAGUCGUCUCUUGGAUUUUUACAAGUCAAAACUGAGUAAGACUUUAGCGAGGAGUCUUCUCGCCGGUGACCGCCGUAUACGGCGGAGAUUUUGUUAGUUAUGUCACGCAUUUCCACCGCCUCCACUACUCCUUCUCGUGUUAGAGCUGCGAAUUCGCACUAUUCAGUGAUCUCUAAACCUAGAGCACAAGACGAUAACGGUCUCACCGGAGGUAAACCGAAAUCGUCCGGUCACGAUGUGAAGAACGAUCCGGCGAAGAACCGGCGAUCGAUUCUGCUUAAAAGAGCGAAAUCCGGAGAGGAGGAGACGGCGGUUUUGGCUCCUCAGAGAGCUCGAUCUGUGAAUCGUCCGGCGGUCGUAGAGCAAUUCGGUUGUCCGAGGCGGCCGAUUUCUAGGAAAAGCGAAGAGUCGGUAAUGGCUUUGGCGGCGGUGGCGGAGGAUGAGAAGAGGAAGAAAAUGGAGGAAUUGGAGGAGAAGCUAGUAGUGAAUGAGUCGUUGAUUGAGGAUUUGCAGUUGCAGGUUUUGAAUUUGAAAACGGAGUUAGAGGAAGCUCGUAAUUCAAAUGCAGAGCUUGAGUUGAAGAACAAGAAACUUUCUCAGGAUCUUGCUUCAGCUGAAGCUAAGAUCUCAUCACUUUCCUCUAACGACAAGCCAGCUAAAGAACAUCAGAACACCAGAUUCAAAGAUAUCCAAAGGUUAAUAGCUAGCAAAUUAGAGCAAUCCAAGGUUAAAAAGGAGGUAGCAGUAGAGUCAUCAAGCUCCAUUAUAACAAGAUCAUCUCCACAACCACCAUCACCUUCUCCUUCAAGAUUACCGCCAACGCCGCCAUUGCCGAAGUUUUUGGUGUCUUCAGCUAGCAGUUUAUGUAAACGAGAUGAAAAUUCUUCACCCUUUGCACCACCAACACCACCGCCUCCGCCACCACCACCACCACCUAGGCCUCUAGCUAAAGCAGCUCGUGCUCAGAAGUCUCCUCCAGUUUCGCAGUUAUUUCAGUUGUUGAAGAAGCAAGAUAAUAGUAGAGACCUUUCUCCGUCUGUUAAUGGGAAUCAGUCUCAAGUUAACAGUGCUCACAACAGUAUAGUCGGAGAAAUUCAAAACCGUUCUGCGCAUCUCAUCGCUAUAAAAGCUGAUAUAGAGACAAAAGGGGAUUUUAUCAAUGAUCUUAUCCAGAAAGUUCUGACCACUUGUUUUUCGGAUAUGGAAGAUGUCAUGAAAUUUGUGGAUUGGCUUGAUAAAGAACUGGCAACUCUGGCUGAUGAGCGAGCUGUGCUUAAGCAUUUCAAGUGGCCUGAGAAGAAAGCCGAUGCCUUGCAAGAGGCUGCAGUUGAAUACCGCGAGCUAAAGAAACUGGAAAAAGAACUAUCUUCGUACUCUGAUGAUCCGAGCAUUCACUACGGUGUUGCCCUGAAGAAAAUGGCCAACUUACUAGACAAGUCGGAGCAGAGGAUAAGGAGGCUAGUCAGAUUACGAGGCUCAUCCAUGCGUUCUUACCAAGACUUUAAGAUCCCAGUCGAGUGGAUGCUUGACUCGGGAAUGAUAAGCAAGAUCAAAAGAGCAUCGAUCAAGCUUGCUAGAACUUACAUGAAUAGAGUAGCGAAUGAGCUACAAUCAGCUCGUAACUUGGAUAGAGAGUCUACUCAAGAAGCAUUGCUUCUUCAAGGCGUCCGAUUUGCUUACAGAACGCACCAGUUUGCGGGAGGGCUCGAUCCAGAGACAUUGUGUGCAUUAGAAGAGAUUAAGCAACGUGUUCCGAGUCAUCUCCGGCUGGCACGGGGGAAUAUGGCCGGAACUCCGUCGUAGAAAAGUAAUCAGAGAAAUGUGAGGCACAUGGCCUUUGGUUUUGGCUAUAAAAUUCGUUAUUUGUGUUAAUAGUGUUUGGUUGAGUCAGUAAAUGCUGUGUCCCACGUAAUAAUAAUGUUAAAAUGUAUCU